UGUUUUUUUCUUUUCUUACAGAAAAAUUGAGUUUGCAUAGCCGGGCGCAGUGACUUACGCCUGUAAUCCCAGCACUUUGGGAAGCCGAGCCAGGUGGAUCACGAGGUCUGGAGCUCGAGACCAGCCUGACAAACAUGGUAAUCUUUAGAUGGUGGAAGAUCUCUCUAAGGAGUGAGUAUCGAUCAACAAAACCUGGAGAAGCAAAAGAAACCCAUGAAGACUUCCUAGAGAAUUCACAUCUUCAAGGUCAAACUGCCUUAAUAUUUGGUGCAAGAAUAUUAGACUAUGUCAUCAACUUGUGCAAAGGUAAAUUUGACUUCCUUGAACGGCUCUCAGACAAUUUGCUCCUGAAUAUCAUUUCUUAUCUGGAUCUUGAAGAUAUUGCCAGGCUUUGUCAAACAUCACACAGAUUUGCAAAGCUGUGCAUGUCUGAUAAACUGUGGGAACAGAUAGUCCAGUCGACCUGCGACACCAUCACUCCUGACGUGAGGGCCCUGGCGGAGGACACGGGCUGGAGACAGCUGUUCUUCACCAACAAGCUCCAGCUCCAGCGGCAGCUCCGCAAGAGGAAACAAAAAUAUGGAAACCUGAGAGAAAAGCAACCUUAGGCACACAUUUUCCUACCAGCAGGGAGCUCAGGCAUGGCUGUGUUUCUCUUCAGUGUCCAAAUCUCUUCUGUCUCCUUUUCUUAAGAACUAAGAGGUUUUGCUGAUGCGUGGAGCCAUUUGAGACCCAUAGAAGAUUUGCACGCAAAUGCAUGGAGCCAUUUGAAACCCAUAGAAGAUUUGCACGCAAAUGCAUGGAGGCAUUUGAAACUCAUAGAGGAUUUGCACACAAAUGCAUGGAGCCAUUUGAAACUCGUAGAGGAUUUGCACGCAAAUGCAUGGAGCCAUUUGAAACUCAUAGAGGAUUUGCACGCAAAUGCCGCAGAGUCUGGCUCCCCAGUGCCUUGCUAGAGUCACCGUCAUUCUGAGGUCAAAUCAUGGCCCGAGGACAAGGGCUGUAAGACAGGGAGCCCCAUAGGCCAUCAUCAUCCUUAUCCCACACCCAUUAGAAAAGAGGCUUCUAUUGUAUAUAAACAAACAAUAAAUGAUUAUUAGCAGGUUUUUAUUAGACAUCUAUUUUAUCUAGGCAUUAGAAAGGGUAAUGGGGCUUUUCAAUUUUUUCCUGGCAUUGUGUCAUCUGCGUCCAGCCAUGAAGCUGGUGGCUGAGUGUUCCCACCAGGAACCGUGAAGGGCAGGUACCACAGGAGGCACUCGGGGUGGGUGCAGCUGCCUUCCCAACUUUGUUCUGCUAAGUCCGUAUUCAGGGCCCUAUCCUUGUGGGCCCAGGAUGCCAGGCUCCAUCCCCGCAUGUAGACAGCUUCCGACCUGGUGCUGGAGCAUGACUGGAGAAGUGCAGGCAUCCUGCUUGCAGACCUUGCUCAAAGUACAACUUCCCAGAACUACUUCACAUUGUUAAAUAAACCUAUAAACAUUUCUUUUCUUUUCUUUUCUUUUUUGUAUUUUCUUUUUAGUAGAGGUGGAGUUUCGCCAUGUAGGCCAGGCUGGUCUUGAACUCCUGACCUCAAGUGAUCUACCCGCUCUGGCUUCCAAAGUGCUGGGAUUACAGGCAUGAGCCACUACGUCUGGCUAAAACCUAUAAACAUUUCUUAGAGAAAUGCCGUUCCCCAAAGGAAUGUGAACAGCUACCACUUUUAACAAGGAUAUUUAAGAAAACAGACUAUGAGUUAACUAAGUAAAAAUGUAAAUAUGGUUUGCAUGCUGUUAACAUGGCAGAGGGGUAAAAAGAAUACAGUCCUAGGGGAGAAAGGUCACUUCACUGAGAAGGCUUACUUAAAAAUGUUUUUCUCCCUGCACUUUCAUGAUUAUUAAGUACCCCUAGAAAAUGAACUCAUAGCAGCAAAUAAUCUAAUGACUCCUUUUAGGUUACAGAGCAAAGUAGCUUUCUACUUCCACAUCACGUUAUAAUAUAGCCUUAUAAUUUCUUCUUUCCUGCAACCUUCACUUUCCUACCUAGGAAAACUCACCUCCGGUGCCAGAGAAACUUCCCAGGAUGCACUAGGGCCCUGUGAACAAUACAGAAGUUGUGGACUCUGGCUCUUUGUCCCACCUAAGUCCUUCCAGAAGGGCUCUACAGCGUGGCUUAGUGACAUUAAAAAAAAAACUGAAUCCAUGUUAAUAUCAAACAAGAUUUUAAUCUUCAGUCACACACCCUUAAAACCCAGUCACGGGGCUCCCCGGUGCCAGUUUGAGACUGUCAACCUAGCCCUCUCUGCUUCUCAUUGCUGGAGGUACACACAGUCAAAAGUCUUCCGUGACUGUGAAAUCCAGUGCAAUCUGCUUCCCAGCAGAUGAAGAGCCUGACGUGGUUAUGUCUGGAUUUAGUCCAAGAACAGAGCAAAGCUUUAAUUGUCAAGAGACCCAGGCCUCAUUCUCCACUCAGGAGAGUCUGCUAGGGCAGGUACAGGUAACCAGCAGGCAGCUGAGAGCAAGAAGGCACGUGCUCUGCAGAGCUCUAGCUGCGUUGGCUCUCCCUGAGCUCCCAGACUUCACUCAUGGCCUAAUUUUCAAUGACAGAACAUAGGUUUUAUCGUGAGGAUGCAGACACAACCACAAUUACGUAUGUCAACAUAACUUCAUAAACAUGUAACUGUAACUUAUUGGUAACAUCAGAGCAAGAUGAUUAAAGCUUCAUGUGUAGUAUUUUAUCAACAAACAGAUUCUGAAAGCUUAUGGACAUGCGCAAUAGUUGAUUCAACUUCAAUCAAUAAGAACAUAAAUAUGGCAAUUUGAAAACACUAUGUAUAUACCUACUCACAUAUAUAUUAUACUUAAGAUAUAUACUUAUAUGUAGUAUAUAAUAAUAUUACAUAUAAAAAUGUUAUAAAAAUCAAUGCUAAAGUAAAUAAAAAAGCCAUUAAUAUGUUGACUAUUGUUAAAUAAUAGCUAAAAUAAUAGAUUAUUAAAUUAUUUUAAUACUUACUUGCCCUAAUAAUCUGAGUGCCUUAUUACUUGAUUACAAUUGUUUUUGCCAAAAUAGGAACAAUAUCAUCAAGUGAACAUCCUGUGUGUCCCCAGCAUCCUUAGUGGUUGAAACACUUUGUCCCUCCCUCCCCCAUCUCAUUUUCCAUGUGAGGUUCCAUGUGACUAUCCCAUAACAUGGUAAUAGGCAGCGAUGGUCUUGACUUUCUGCUUCUAUUAACAGCUUUCAUUUCUAUUUCUGCUUUCAUGUGGAUGGAUAAAUCUGCUUUAUGUCUUAACAUUUCAGAGUGAAAUGCCACACUUUUUUUUUUUUGAGGCAGAGUUUUGCUCUUUUCACCCAGGCUGGAGUGCAAUGGUGCAAUCUCAGUUCACAGAACCCUCCACCUCCUGGGUUCAAGCGAUUCUCCUGCGUCAGUUUCCCGAGUAGCUGGGAUUAUAGGAGCCUGCCACAAUGCCCUGCUAAUUUUUGUAUUUUUAGUAAAAACAGGGUUUUACCAUGUUGGCCAGGCUGGUCUUGAACUCUUGACCUCAGGUGACCUGCCCGCCUCAGCCUCCCAAAGUGCUGGAAUUACAGGUGUGAGCCACGGUGCCCAGCCUUACAGCAUUUUAUAAUCUUGCCCUUUUUCAUCUUUUCAAUCAAAUGUGUUUCUACUCUGUUCUCAUUUACCAUUGUAAUUAUACAAUACUGAAAAUUUCCAAUGGUUUAUAUAUUUAGUGGUAUAAGAAUAAUCUAUUAACAAUAGAAAAUACGUAUUUUUAAUUUAUAACUAAAUAAUAAACAUAUUUUACUUAAUGUCAAGUUCUACUACUACUUUUUUCCCAAACAGGUUGGCAUAUGUAUGCAUUAAGCCUCAGCAAUAUAGAAUCCAAAAUUUUUUCAUUCUUUUUUUUUUUUGAGACAGAAUCUUGCUGUUGUCGCCCAGGCUGGAGUGCAAUGGUACAAUCUCGGCUCACUGCAAUCUUUGCCUCCUGGGUUCAAGCAAUUCUCCUGCCUCAGCCUCCCAAGUAGCUGGGAUUACAGACAUGUGCCACCAUACCGGGCUAACUUUUGUAUUUUUAAUAGAGACAGAGUUUCACCAUGUUGGCCAGGCUGGUCUCAAACUCCUGACCUCGUCAUUCACCCACCUCGGCCUCCCAAAGUGCUGGGAUUACAGGCAUGAGCCACCGUGCCCAGCCUAAAAUGUUUUCUUCUACUGAGUAGGCCCCAGAACUAAGGCUGAGGUGAUCAUGUGGGGAGGGACUGCAAGCAGGGGUAAGGACAAUGCACCAGGUACCACUUGUCAUUGUUUUGUGAGCUGCUUGUGUACAUAAUGGUUAUCAGUCUUUAUUUAUUACCCCAAACUGGCUCCUGAAAUACCGAAGAAUAAUAUAAAACAACCUUACUAAAAACAUAAAACAAGUGCAUCACAGCUUUUUGCUCUGAGUUUUAGUAUAAUGACCUCUAUCUUCAGUUUGUAUUAAUAUACUGUGAGAGCGUAUCCAAGCUUUUCAAUUGUGAGUAGUUGGUUUCAACUUGAAAUGGAUGUCUUUGAUGUCAUGUUAAAAACAUCAAGUGAUAAAAAAUAUCUUGAGACAAAUGACAAUGGAAACACAAUAUCAAAAGCAAUCUAAGAGGGACGUUUAUAGCAAUAAAUGCCUAUAUUAAAAAAGAAGAAAGACCCCAGGCCAGGUGCAGUGGCUCAUUCCUCUAAUCAUGGCACUUUGGGAAGCUGAAAUGGGAGGAUCCUUUGAGCCCAGGAGUUCAAGACCAGCCUGGGCAAUAUAAGGAGACCCUGUCUCUACAAAAAAUAAAAAGAUUAGCCCAGCAUGGUGGCACAGGCCUGUGGUCCCAGCUACUUGGGAGGCUGAAGUGAGAGGAUCGCUUGAGCCCAGAAGGUCGAAGCUCUAGUGAGCUGUGAUCACACCCCUGCACUCCAGGCUGGGCAACAGAGUAAGACUGUUUCAAAAAAAAAAAAAAAAAAGGAAAA